ACGCAUCCGAACAAGUUUUAAAAUGGCGAGUGAUUUGAUUUGGGUGUUCUGUCAUUUUUAAAUCUACGAAAAUCAACUUGUAUAAAUGGCGUAAAUAAUUCUCACUACAAAUAUUGUACAUUGUAAAUAGUUUAUUGUAUAGUUAGUGAUAAUAUUUUGUGUUGUGAAUACGAAAUCUUCUGUUGAUUGGUGAUACAUCAUUGGAGUCGCCGUAUAAGAGGAUAUCUAACAAAAUCGGCGGCUGGCUCUUGGAUCCCAAAAUAUCGAAAUCUGCGUAAUUACCCUGUGUUUGAGCCUAUAGCGCUACUGAAAUUCAUAUAGGACCCAAAUGAAGUGGUUGGGUAGUGGUGAAGGAGAUGAAGUUUUAAAAUUAGAAAUGGAAAGAGGACCUCAAAGAACUCAAGAUGAUGCUUCAGUUGGCUAUGUCUUUCAACGUCCUCAUGAUCCGGAAUUUCCAACAUUUGCACCAAAACAACUACGUUGGGCAAAUAUGGCUGGAGACGACAGUAUAAUAGAUAAUCCAGACAAGUGGAAAUAUCCGGUCAAUUCUAAAGUGACCACUCCCACUAACGUUACUCCUUAUAUGGGUUCUAGUGGCAUGUCUACAGGUUUGUACGAUUUCGAACAGAGCAAAAACAUUCCCCAGGAGCACCUUGUUUACAUGUCUAAUAUUUCCAACGUCAACCAAAUUCAAAGCGGUAUGUCUAUCCAUCCACCGCAGUAUAUGCCCCAGACUCUGGCCCAGCAGUUGCCUUUCAGGCAGCUCCCCCAGCAGAUCGCUCCUGCGGCCAAAAAGUUAUGGGGCCUCGAAGGAAAAGAUGCGAAAUCGCUUGCAUUGAACCAUCUGAAUCAUCACGAUGGGGGUGUGUGGAGAGACCCCACUUGGGCAGCACCAGUAGAACAUCCCAUGUCAGCGUCCCUCAUCAACCGAAGAGGCGGUUUUCCCGGAGGAGACACAGGAAGCAUACUGUCGCCCCGCGGGUCCGAUAACGGAGCUGGUUUGGGAGUGAAGAUGGUCGAGUAUGUUCUGGGCACGUCGCCGACCAACAAAGACAUCUCCGGUUUGGAACCGAGAAUGAGAGCUCUCCACCUGGACGAAAAGGACAAGGACAAACCGCAGAGCCCGAAAGAGGUUGAAGUCAAUGGACAGGUCAUGCAGAACGGACAGAUGUCCGAGGAGGAGAAAGGAUUCAAAUCUUCGUAUUGCAGUAGGACGCCCGGAAGUAGACAACCAUCCCCCGCCGAAGAGGAACUGAGCAAAAAUAGCAUUCUGGACCCCAGCAUCGUCGUCAUGAAACCUCAGGAGCAGCUGCCCCAGCACAUGGCCCACCAUCUACCGCCACACAUGACUCCUCACCUGGGCGUGACACUUGCCGAAUCGGUGAAUCAGCAAUUCGAACACUUCACGGAGCAGCCCCCUCCGAACACGUACGACCAGCAGCAGCACCAGGGCUACCCUCCGCCGCCCCAGAGUCACCAGGUGGACAACGCGGUGUUGCAGCAGCAGCAACAGCAGCACAACUUCGAUGUACAGCAACUGUUCAGAUCUCAACAAACCCAAGCGCAGACGCCCAACGCUGCCCAGUUGCAGCUGCUGCAACAGCAGCAGCAACAGUACCUGGCGCAACAACAGCAAGCCGCUUUUCCACAGCCGCCGUACGUGCUGAACCCCCAGCAAGAUCAACCCUACUUAAUCACCACAGGAGUGCCCCAAUAUUACGGAGUAGGCCCGUGGGUGUAUCCCGCACCGGCCAACUUGAUACAGCAAGGAGCUAGCAAUGGACCAAGAAGGCCCAUCACACCCAACGGUACCGCAGAGGCCCAGCAACAAGUGCAGCCACAAGUACCAGGCGGUUACAUUCUCCCUUACUACGAUCAGAAUACACCUAUUAUUAUGGCACAAGGCGCUGCUAUGCGCAAUGGCACUCCUAUGCGUUUAGUGAGCCCUGCACCUGUGCUAGUACAACCACAGGCUAAUAGACAAACUCCUGCUGGAGCUUCUCUCUAUUCCAAUACACCUCAGAGCCUUUACAAUGCUAACGUUAAUACUUCCGUAAAUGGAGGUACUUUGGGAGGUGUGGCACAGGGUGUUGGUUCCGGGCUUUUCCCAGCUCUUCAUGCGGCUCCUCCUUCAGCUGCUUUCGGAAGUUCCUCGCUUGGAAAUUUGGGAUCAACUGCUACCACUUCAUCUCUCCAUUCAGGCUUGGGUUUGAACACAUCAUCAUCGGGUAGACGAGAUUCGUUCGAUCGCAAUACUUCUGCUUUCUCGCCAUCUUUAGACUACAGACAGAAAUGGCCGACAUCAUACAACAUCGGGAGCAGUCCAAGUCCGUUGACGGGAAGCUUGACACCGCCGCCAGCGCCGUCUCUACAACUUGGCGGUCUGGUAGCAUCGAGGGUUAUGUCUGCCGCACCGGGGGCGGAAGCGAAAUACAGGAAUUCAGUUGCGGCAGGUUUAACAGCCAAUACGAUGUUCGGAUCGACGAGCUCGCUGUUCACGAAAAUUAACAAUUCUCUGGCUGCUGUUCCGAGCACCUUGGACAAGGGGCCGCAGGGAAGAUCAAGGCUCCUGGAAGAUUUCAGGAAUAACAGAUAUCCUAACUUGCAGCUGAGAGACUUGGCCAACCAUAUAGUAGAAUUCUCCCAGGACCAACAUGGAUCUCGUUUCAUCCAGCAGAAACUGGAGAGGGCGACUGCCGCAGAGAAACAGAUGGUCUUCAACGAGAUCCUGUCCGCCGCUUACAAUCUCAUGACCGACGUGUUCGGAAAUUAUGUGAUUCAGAAAUUCUUCGAGUUCGGCACUCAAGAGCAGAAGACCACGUUGGCGCAGAAAGUUAGGGGACACGUUCUGCCUCUGGCCUUACAGAUGUACGGCUGCAGGGUUAUACAGAAAGCUCUGGAAUCUAUACCGCCCGAACAACAGCAAGAGAUCGUGAGGGAGUUGGACGGUCAUGUAUUGAAAUGCGUGAAAGAUCAGAACGGAAAUCACGUGGUGCAGAAAUGCAUCGAAUGUGUCGAUCCUAACGCAUUGCAGUUCAUUAUCCAAUCAUUCUCUGGACAAGUCUACACUCUAUCCACCCAUCCCUACGGAUGUCGUGUAAUUCAACGUAUAUUGGAACAUUGUACACAAGAACAGACUGCUCCCAUCUUGGCCGAGUUGCAUCAGCACACCGAACAACUGAUCCAGGAUCAAUUUGGCAACUAUGUCAUUCAGCACGUGUUGGAACAUGGUAAACCGGAAGACAAAUCGCAACUGAUAACCAGUGUUAGGGGAAAAGUCCUCAUGCUGAGUCAACAUAAAUUUGCCAGCAACGUGGUCGAGAAAUGCGUCACCCACGCUACAAGAGCAGAGCGCGCUCUUCUCAUCGAAGAGGUUUGCGGAUUUAACGAUAACGCUCUCCAUGUUAUGAUGAAGGAUCAAUAUGCUAACUAUGUAGUGCAAAAGAUGAUAGACGUCAGUGAACCAACACAGAGGAAAGUAUUGAUGCACAAGAUACGACCCCACUUGAACUCCUUGAAGAAGUACACUUAUGGCAAGCACAUUAUUGCCAAACUUGAAAAAUACUUCAUGAAAGCCCCAGGGUCGAUGGGCUCUAUCGGAGGAGAACUCGGCCCGAUUGGUCCUCCGACCAACGGCGUUCUUUAAAUUUCGCCAUUGAAAUUUUCACAUUUGGUUCUUUCGUGUUUUUGAUUAUUUCCAAUUUCCCAAAAUCAUGUGUCAUGUAAUUACGCUUUUUUUUGCACAGAUUUUUCAGUAUUUUUUUCAUUUUAUUUCUUUCAUUUUCAUAUUUAAAUAAUUUCAUAAUGAUUUUACCGUAUGAAGAAUAUUGUUAAGUUUAGUUUAUUCGAUGAAAUAUCCUGUACACAUUAGUGAAUAGUUUUUUGUAUUAUAGUUGUAAUUUAUAUGAUUUUGUGAUGAAGAAAGCACAUUUCUUGACUUUGGUUCAUUCAUAUACUCAUUCCCCCAGAUUUCAAUAUUGAGAUAAUUAUUUUUGAUCAAUUUAACACUAAAGUUUCUGUAAAUCUUUGGUGAGAGUGAUUUGUUUCGGGAAUGAUGAUAUACCUAUCAAAAUUUAAGAAUUGUGCACGUUAUUUCUUUAUUCAUCAUCAAGGUUGUAAAAAUUUUUAAGUUAUGAAUCUCACUGGAUUCAUCUCCAAUCGAUCCUACCUACUAUUUUAAAAACUGGUGCCGCUUAAUUUCAAAAUUUCUAUUUUCCAGGAAUUGUACAUAUAAAAAAAAACUGAACGAAUUAUUUAGCUAUGCAGGUUCUGACUAUCAUCAUCUUCGCUGAUGAUUCUGUUUCUCUUUCACAAUUUCGUGAUAGUUCUCAGGAAACAACCAUAAAUAUUUUCUAACAGAAAUUUUUCAAAACUUUGAAAUUUAACAAUAAUUGCUGAUCUUGAAAUUCGAAUCGAUUAUGAUUUUGCUAUUCUCUAAACACGCAAGAAAUUUCAUGAAUAACUUUGCCCAGAGAUGAAGUCUUAAGAUUUUUUCAGCUAUUGGCAGUUUCGCUUUGUUAUUUGCAUUUAUACUUGAAAUUUGCAUUUAACUAUGUAGUUUAGACAUUUCUCUGAAUAUUUAGACACCAUUUAUUCUCAGUUUACAACAAUAUCCCCCUUUUUUUCCCGAAAAUUACAUUUGAUUUCUCGAAUUAUUGCUGUUUAUUUUGGACAUGUGGUAAACUGAGUGUUAGAAAUUUCAAUUUCAACUUUAAUCAAUAUAUCAAUAUAUGCCCUAAAUAUAAAAUCGUUAGUUGAAAAACUCUAUAGGUGUUUUUGUUUCGCGGUUAGUAUGACAAUUUUCUUGUAUUUCUGGGUAUUUUUGAGGUUAGAGAAUUAAAAUUUUUUUCUUCAUAUGGGGGGCUUUUUUCGUGUAAAAAAAAAAGAAACAGAUCGGUAACAUUAUAUACAGAGUGCCCAAAUUUUUUUGCUAGCAGUCCAGAGACUUCUCGUGAUCGGAGACAGUACACAUCCAAUUUUUAAAAGGCGACAUUUCUUUCCUGAUGCUUUAAGGCAUAUACUGAUCAAAUUUUUCCUCGAUAUUUAGCAGAACAUUAGUCGAAAAUAUUGGAACGAUUAUUCUUAGUGAAUUUAUAAAUAAAUGUAGAAUUUGAAAGAGCACCUUUUUUAUUGGGUCUAGUAUUAAAAUUGUAAAAUGUAAUUGUAUUGUAAUAAUUGUACAGUUCUCUCAUAAAUUCCAAUCGUAAACCGUAAAUUGAUGAAUUAGUUGAUUCAAAGGCAUUUAUAUAAACUGUAUGUGGUGUGUUUAUAAUUUCACUAAUCAUGUUAUAUGUGUUUUGAAAUUUAUUCCCUGACAUGAACAUCUGUAAUAUCUAUCUCAAUUUGGUACACGACAAUUAGUGUAACAGUUCACCCAAUUGCUUUAUCCAAUAUGGCUUAGGUCGGUCACUUGAAAAAAUAGGUGAAUUGAAAGAUCAGAAAGAGGUUUGACUUGACAGGUUCCAAAUGCACUUCUCGAUUAUUUCAUACAUACUUUAGAAUGUCUUUAUUGUCAUUUGAAAGUUUCUUUCGGAUGUGUUACAUAUACAGGGUGUAACCUUUAGAAUAUACUGGUUGAAUGUUUGAAAUUUGGACAAAGUUAUCGGCACAUUGUCCUUUUUUAAAAUUUUUGCAACAAUACAUGACUUUCUAUUGUACAGGAAAUGGAAAUCAUCUAGCUUAUUUUAACACUAUAUUAUUACAUCAUAGAAUGUAUUUUGAAAUUUUAGAAAUAGAUGUUUUCAUUUUCGGUAUAACAGGAAGUCAUAAAUCCUUGCUAAUAUUUUUAAGAAUAUCCAUUCGCCUUAUAUCUUUGUACAAAAUUUCAAACAUAUCCCGUUAUUUCUCCUUGAACAUCCUGGGGGACACCCUGUAUAAACACUCCAAAUAAGGUUAGUAAAAUGGGUUUGAGAAGUUUUCUCACAAGGAGAGGGUGAGAAAUUAUUUCGAAUUAACUUUGAAUCCUAACUUUAAGUUUAAUUUUAGCAGCUACGCUCUAUAUUGACCAAUCAGCAUUAACAACCAUCCUGUAUCUACUUUCGUUGAAGGUUAGUGACUAAUCUUUUUCACAUCAUUUUGAAAUGGAAGAACAUUAUAAUACAAAAAAAAUUGAUUCAUUCAGGAGCCAGAAGUCUUGAAAAAACAAUAUUAAUGACAAUUUUUUUUCUAAAAAAAUAUGAAAACUUCACCUCUAACCCUCUCUUUGCCUAUUGGACCAUGAACAAAACCCAGUAUAUUUGAUUACCAUACGUUAUGAUUUUUUUUUCGAUUUGUUUGCCAUUUACAACUUUGAAAUUUUUUUGGGUGGAUUGAUUAAAUUAGGACACCUCUCCAGUCAUCUUUGGUAAGUGUAAAUAGAACAAGAAGAUUUUGUAUUAUAUGUAAUAUAGUUUCGUUUAUAAAUUUCCAAAAACAGCUAUUCGCAAGAUAACUUGAACAUUUUUGCACUUAUUAGAGAUAACUGAUAAUGCCGUUUCUCCUGAACCGCUUUGGUGAUAUGUGUAUAUAUGUGUUGAAUUUUUUCACAAACAAAUUUGAGACAGUGUUUAAUAGUGUAAUAUUGUAAAAUAAUUCUUUUGUACUUAGAAAAAUUGUUAUACAUUUCUCUUGUAAGAACUUGAAAGGUUCCCUAACAUUGAUUUUCCCUGAUUAUAUCGACAUAUUUGUUUGUACCAUUCAGAUUCUAUUGAAAAUAUAUUUGUAUAUAAAUUUUAACAAAACACAAUGGUGCCAUUGAUCUUUGAAUUCAAGAUUAUUGAGAGAUAUAUUCAAAAUUUUUGUACAAAGUGAAAAUACUUAUCAGAACAUGUAUAAAAGAUAUAAUUUCCAACAUAAAUAGGCUUGUAAUUAAUUCUUGCUUUUAUUGGAUCAUUUGAAACUGAACAUUGUGAUAACUUCUAUAUUAUUAAGUAUUUCAAAUUACUCUAGGUAUUAUUUAACUCCUUCAUUAUGAGUAAAUUUAAAGGUUAUUUCUAAGGGAAAUAAAGGAUACUUUUAAAAGAGAGAAUUAUGGAAAAUCAAUCUACGGAACCUUUUGACAAGCGGUGAGGGGGAAUAAGGUUGCUAACCUAAAAUUGGCCGAUCGGAUCAAGAUGGAAAAGUGGCCUCAGACUGAUGUAAAGAUACUAAAACUGUUGUAAAGUGUAAAUUCCUUUUGGUUAUAUCACCUUUGUAUACUGUAAAAUACAUGUGUAAAGAAAAUCUGUAUAAUGAGCCGUUUCAUUUUUCUUUAAUCCUUUGAGAUGUAAAAUUGUAAAGUAUGUAUUUUAUUAAAUUUUGAAUUGGAACAAGCGUUAUUCCGAUCGUUUCAUCAUUUGUACUUUAAUGGUGGCAUAUUUGUUGCCUCUUUGUAGUGGUAGCUGGACGGGGAUCACUUAAGUUGUUCACAUUAGAUGGCUCUCUGUGGAUUUACGGCUGUAUAUUUAUAUUUAUUAUUCGAUCUGUUUUAUGGAUGUGUAUAUUUAAUUGAUUAUCAAAUGCAUGUUAGGUUUAUUGGAUAUAUCAAAAUGUAUAAUAAUGUAUUUCGAUUUUAUUAUUUUUUACCACAGUAGUAUAAAUAAAUAAUAAUUCUAAAUGGA